UGACGUCAUCUUCACGCGACCGUGUUCAACGGAAUGGCUCGAAAGCGCUGUGAGGACUAGCGAUCAUUUCUCGCUGGUUAUUGUUUACUAGCAGCGAUAAUGAUCUCAGUGAGUUACAUUCUGCUUUGCGGACAGUUCCUGCUGCUGCUGACAGUGUUACUGUUACAGUGUCUGGAAGGAAUUCACUCCCAGAACUCGUCGACAGCAGCCGCUCCUGCGGCUAACACUGCUUCACCAGCACAGGAAGCUACUUCAUUCCCUUUUACCGAGCAGCCGGAGGUCGGAAAAAACGAGGGGUUGACCGAGAAUACGAAUUCCACCGAGCUGUACGAGUACAGACCCCCGUCACCUGUUGUCCUUUGCCAAUAUCUGCCAGAGGAGUUCAUCUAUUGCCAGGACCCUGUGGAUCAUGCAGGGAACUACAGUGCCUUUCAGGAGAUGGAUCACGGCUGUGUUGGGUGGGGCGGUCAAACUGAAAAGGAGGUGAACCACACUCGAGUUAUCUGCACAGCCCUGGAUGACAUCGAGUGUGCUGGACCCAGGGAGUUCCUCAGAGGAAAUGUGCCCUGCAUCAAAUACACUGGACACUACUUCAUCACCACUCUGCUGUACUCCUUCUUCCUGGGCUGCUUUGGAGUUGAUCGCUUUUGCCUCGGCCACACCGGCACCGCGGUCGGGAAGCUGCUUACUUUAGGAGGUCUGGGAAUCUGGUGGUUUGUAGACCUGAUCCUGUUAAUCACUGGUGGCCUGAUGCCCAGCGAUUACAGCAAUUGGUGCACCUACUACUGAGACACAGCAGAACGGGGCAUGGGAUGCACUACGACUACUUCUUCUUUUUUAUUGAUAGUUUUCAAGUUAACUUAUUUCAGGGAGCUGGCUUCAGUGGCACGCUCGAGGGAAAAUCCAGAAAAGUUUUUCACCUUUUCAAGAAGUGUGUUUCAUUUUUUAAUGGCUUUAUUUUCAAGCUCUGAUGUAUUUUGUAUUUAAAUAUUGUAAAUAAAGAAACAGGGUUUGAGUCA